AGCCGAGGAGCUCUGGCCACUCCCUCAGCCAACCAAGAUUUUCUUUUUUUAUCCCUUUAUCUCCUCCUACUCUAGUUUCCCUUGUUCUCUCUCACCCUCGCGCUCACUCGCUCGCCCUGGCUUUUGUGUGAGCGGCACCGAGAAAGAAUGCACGCGUGAGACAGACGCGACGAGAGACCGCAGCAGGAUCGCAUGAAUAUAUACACAAACAGAGGAAUUCAGAGCUUUGGUAGAAGCAGACACUCAACCGUGAAGAUCGUAGACGUACGCACACGAGGACAGAAUGGAAGACAGCCCGACAGGUUUAGCUCCUGUCUGUAACUCCACGGCUAUGCUGAACCACAACUGCACUGAUGACAGUAUCUCUGCCGCGAGCACGUCAGACGUGCAGGAUCGCCUGUCGUCCCUGGAGCUGCGGGUUCAACAGCAGGAGGAUGAGCUGACGGUGAUGAAGGCCGCGCUGGCGGACGUGCUCAGACGUCUGGCUCUGUCCGAGGACACGGCCGCCGCCGUCAAGAAACAGCAAAGCGGCAAAGGUCCAGCCUCGAUGCGGGAGGCUUAUUCUAUGUCCUGUAUUGCCAAUGGCAGUUCCAGCGGCCGCAAAUCUCAGAGAGACAGCUCAACAGUAUCUGUAGCCAGAAAAGAGACGCUGUCCUCUGCCGCCAAGAGUGGUGUCGGCGGCGAGCGGAGAAAAGACAAGGCUCAGAUGGAGGAAAUCCAGGAGAAAGAGGAGCCGGCACAAGCUAAUGAUAAACCCCCCUCAACACCCAGUACCCCUCAGGCACCGUCCCCCUCUAGCAACCCCCCCUCCCCUCACCCCCCACAGCCCCAAAGACAAGCCUCGGAGAGCAAGGGGUCUACCCCGGCCAAAAGGGGUAGCAGUGCGAAGCGUGGGGGAAUGGAGCGUUCUCAAAGCAGCACAUGGGACAGUGGGGAAGAAAACAGGAAUAAGCUGGUGAAAGCUGCCUCCACUUCCAAACUCCUGGCCAAAGUGGUGAAGAACGCAGAGAAACACAGAGAUCCUGUCAUCAGUCAAGCUAAAAUGUCAACUCGUGAAAAAAACAGCCAAGAGGGAGACUACAUAAAAAUGUUUAUGCGGGGACGACCCAUCACGAUGUUCAUCCCAUCAGAUGUAGAAAAUUACGAUGAUGUCCGUACCGAACUUCCCUCAGAGAGACUUAAGCUGGAGUGGGUAUAUGGGUACAGGGGGCGUGACUGCCGUGCAAACGUCUAUUUGCUUCCAACUGGUGAGAUUGUUUAUUUCAUCGCCUCUGUGGUCGUGCUGUUCAACUAUGAGGAAAGGACACAGCGCCACUACUUGGGACACACUGACUGUGUUAAAUGUCUUGCUAUUCAUCCGGAUAAGAUUCGCAUCGCUACAGGACAGAUUGCGGGUGUGGAUAAGGAUGGGAGGCCGCUUCAGCCUCAUGUGAGAGUAUGGGAUUCUGUGAGUUUGUCCACAUUGCAAAUCAUUGGUCUCGGUACCUUUGAGAGAGGAGUGGGAUCCCUUGCGUUCUCUAAAGCCGAUUCAGGCACUCACCUCAGUGUAAUUGAUGACUCUAAUGAACACAUGUUGACUGUAUGGGACUGGCAGAAAAAGUCAAAAAUUGCUGAAAUUAAGACGACUAAUGAAGUGGUUUUAGCUGUGGAGUUUCACCCCACUGACGCCAACACCAUCGUCACUUGUGGAAAGUCUCAUAUCUUCUUCUGGACCUGGAGCGGCUCCUCACUUGCCCGCAAACAAGGCAUAUUUGGUAAAUAUGAGAAGCCAAAAUUUGUGCAGUGCCUGGCUUUCCUCAAUAAUGGAGACAUUUUGACUGGAGAUUCAGGAGGAAUAAUGUUGAUAUGGACCCGUAGCACAGCUGAACCAGCACCAGGGAAAGGACCCAAAGGAGCGUUUCAGAUAAGUCGUCAGAUUAAGGCUCAUGAUGGCAGCGUGUUUACACUGUGUCAGAUGAGGAAUGGGACUCUGCUCACAGGAGGCGGCAAAGACCACAAGAUCAUUUUGUGGGACCAUGACCUCAAUCCAGAGAGAGAAAUAGAGGUCCCAGAUCAGUAUGGAACUAUUCGAGCUGUAGCUGAGGGUAAAUGCGAGCAGGUUCUGGUGGGCACAUCUCGCAACUUUGUCCUUAGGGGCACCUUCAACGAUGGAUUUCAGGUGGAGGUGCAGGGACAUACAGAUGAACUGUGGGGUCUGGCUGCCCAUCCCUUCAAGGACCUGUUCCUCACCUGUGCUCAGGACAGACAGGUGUGUCUUUGGAACUCAAUGGACCACGCGCUGGAAUGGACCAGACUGUUGGAUGAGCACGGGCACUGUGCCGACUUCCAUCCGAGUGGUUCUGUUAUUGCUAUUGGUACUCACUCAGGGAAGUGGUAUGUUCUGGACGCAGAGACGAGAGACCUGGUGGCCAUUCACACGGAUGGCAACGAGCAGCUGUCAGUCAUGCGCUACUCUGUCGAUGGAACGCUGCUGGCGGUGGGAUCACAUGAUAACUUUAUUUACCUCUACACGGUGUCGGAUAAGGGACGCAAGUACAGCAGAUAUGGGAAAUGCACUGGACAUUCCAGCUACAUUACACAUCUUGACUGGUCCCCCGACAACAAGUUCAUCAUGUCUAACUCAGGAGACUACGAAAUCCUUUACUGGGACAUUCCAAACGGUUGCAAGUUGAUUCGUAAUCGCUCUGAAUGCAAAGACAUCGACUGGGCCACCUACACCUGUGUGCUGGGAUUUCACGUCUUUGGUGUUUGGCCUGAAGGCUCAGAUGGGACAGAUAUCAAUGCUCUGGUGCGAUCUCACAACAGAAAGGUUAUCGCUCUGGCUGAUGACUUCUGCAAAGUGCAUCUUUUCCAGUACCCUUGCUCAAGACCCAAGGCCCCAAGCCACAAGUACAGCGCCCACAGCAGUCACGUGACAAACGUGAGCUUCAUGCAUAACGACGCUCACCUGGUUUCAACCGGCGGCAAGGACACGAGCAUCAUGCAGUGGCGUCUGGUGGAGAAGACCUCUUCCCUGGUGCAUAGCGACUCCAGCUUGGGCCUGAGCGAAUCACUGAUGCACAACUCAACACCUCGCAGCCUGCCGUCGAUACCCAGCGUACCCCAGACUCCUACUGAGCCUGAGCCUGUGCCGGUGCCAACAUCGCUACCCAUCAACGCCCAGCCCGACACCAACACGCCCCCUCCCACGCCCACCGAACCAUUGGACACAGCCACACCUAACGGACAACAGGAUGACUCGCCAGAAACCCCGCCUCCUUCCGAUGAGGCCACGCCUCCUUCCGACAGCACCCUGAGCCCCAAGGACAGCCUAGAGCCUAGCGAUGAUACGGCCACGCCCAGCGAUGAGGGCACACCCUUUAAUCCACCUUUAUAAGAGAGCGAUGUCAUUGUAACGGAGGUCCGGCCCCUUCUCUUGCCUGCUCGAUACCCUGCUCAAGGCACCAGCAUGACACUGUAACCUUUCUGUUGGAGUACAAAAGCAGGGUCUCCUCAUUUUUUUAUCCUUUCGAGCUUUUUGUUUCGUGUCUUAUUGUUAUGUGUUGACAUUAUGUUUAAAAGAUGUGAUUGUGGAGGUAUUGGUUUGGCUUGAAUGGUGAGAGAUUUGAAAUGUGAAAAAACCUUUGGAAAGAUUCAGCACUACCACACAAACACUAAUACAUACUUAUGUACACACACACAUAUUCCAAUUUGUCAUAAUGAAUACAAUUUUUAAUGAAGUUUUAUCUUCGAAGACAUUUUUGCAUAUGCAAGGCCACACAAAAGGUACAAGAUAGUGAAACGUUGACGUAUGGAUUUGAUUUUUUUGCCAUUACAGAUGCAGUAAUGGGCAAUUAUUAUUUAGGGAUCAAAUUUGUUUUAUUAUUUACUUUUAUUAUUUUGGGAUAAAACAAACUGGAAUUGCAGAGGCUUUUCCUCACUUAUAUAAGUAAACCAUUAAGCUAAAUAGAAAAUUAAAAUUGUGUCUUUAUGUAGGUUUAUGUAGUUCUUCUAUUCUCUCGCUCUCCAUAAACGUUGUUGGUGGAAAUUGGGUUCACCUUAAAUUUUAACUGCAUGAGAAGUGCACGAUUAUUAAUACUUUACAGAAUAACAGCAAUUCACCUCAUUCAACAUGAGCACAGCACACAAACACAUAUAUAUAUUUUUCACAGAUACCCUAUAAAAAGCCUGGUUUGCUUAAAUAUGGGACCCGCAUGGCACCGGCCUGCCCGUAUGUACAAUAUGCCCUAGUUUCAAAUGACACACAAAUAUGAUCAAAGCCGCCUCACCUUCCUGUCGAAAAUACCAUGCCACCCUCACAUCUCCUGUAGUUUUCCCUGUUGGACUGGAGAUCUCCGCUGUGCAUCCAUUUUAACUCUUGAUUUAGAUCAUUCUGUUCUCUCACUGAGACCGAAUUGUUUUAAGCUUUCAUUUCGGGACUGUUUUUCUUGUCAUUUUGUCUAUUGGACUGAGAUGUUCUUGUUUUUUUAUUAAUUAAGAGAGAACGAUUAAACAAGUCUUAAAUGUGA